GUUAGUGUCAGUGUGUGGCGGGGCACGCAAGGAGGCGGUGAGAGUGUCCGUGGCUCUCAGCGUAGCGAGGGAGAGUGAGAGAGAGUGAGAGGCGCAACAACCGCAACGACUUGGAGGGCAUUGCGUGGAGGAGGAGGAGGAGAGCUGCAGGAACGGAGGAAGAAGGAGGAGGAGGAGCUGAGGGAGAGGAACUUCAAGGGAGUGUUAUAACUUGGUUCGUUUUCUCUCCCUUCUCUCACUCUCGUGUUGGAAGAGUGACAUAGGACAUCACGGAGAGAGAAAAAUAGAUAUUUAAAAAAGAAGACAAGAAGAAGAAGAAGAAUUUGUUUGUUUGCAUAUCUUUUUCUCUCCCUUCCUUCCUCCCUUCCUCCACAACACGUGUUAUCUUCCUCCUCCUGCGCCUCCUCCUCCUCCUCCUCCUCCUCCACUUAGCAAUGGCUAGCAUGCCCUCCACCUCAGAUCCUUCCCCCUCCUCUGAUCCCUCCCCCUCCACCUCCAGUACGACCACUACCUCCUCUUCCACCUCCUCCUUCGCCGCCUCCUCCUGCGCCGCCGUCCCCGCUGCCUGCGAGAACGGCCAGGGUGCUUAUCAAGGGAAACACUCGUCAGGCGACCUCCACUCUCGCCUCAAGACCCGCAAGAUCCUGGGCGUGGGGGAAACUGACAACGGUGACAUCCACAGGUCGAAGAUCUCGCAGGUGCUGGGCCACAACGAGCACCUGUAUGUGAAGCUGCCGCGCGGAUUCUGGUCUGCCCACGUGGCCAUGGGCGUGGGCGUGACCCUGGAGGCGGGGCUGCUGCUGCUGACGCCCGGCCUGGCCUCGCGUCUCGGUCUCAUGCCCUGUGGCGACGACGAUGACGACGACGACGACACCACGGCCUCGCGCGUCGCCGGGGCCGCCCUGGCUGGGCUGUGUGUGUUUGUAUGGUCUCUCCUGGGUACCUCGGACAAGCAUUACGCCCGCACCAUGCUGCUCUCCAUGCUUACCUACCAGAUUCUCUCCAUCUGUGUCACCGCUGGAGCCGCCCUCACGCAGCAGGAACCCACGCUGGUGGUGGAGGAGGAAGGCGGCGCAGCAGAGGGGCGUGACGGGGAGGAGAGCCUGCUGGGGAGUCGGCUGGCGCUGUUUGUUGGCCUGCGCGCCCUCAUGUGCCUGCUCUGCUUGGCCUACUUCUACUCGAUCGCUGGCUAUGCGCCCAUACGGGGAACGAAACCCACAGGCUUCCGUCAACCCAGCCACCUUCAGAAAGACCAGUGAGGGGGCGGCGGCGGCGGCGGCGGCGGUGGCGGCGGUGGUGGUGGUGGUGUGAGGGGUUGGUAGUUGGUAGGGACAUGAUAUUGUCUCUCCCCGCCUCCCCGCCUCCCCGUCUCCCCGCCCCGCCUCCCCGCUAGCCCCUCCUGAGGCACCCCUCCCAGCCCCCAAGCGAUACCGCCGAGGACUGAGCAAAGAGGGAGGAAGGGAGGAGGAAGGACGCUGGCAGCCAAGAUAGGACAGCCACACACACCCCCGCCACUCCACGCACCCUCACAUACACACACACACACACACACACACACACACACACACACACACACACACACACACACACACACACACACAGACAUGCACUCACACACACGGACAGUCAGUGACACGACACUCACCUGACGCAGGGAAAAGAAAGUUUUAUAUACCCGUGUCACUUUAAAAGGACACCACCACCACUUUGUGUGUGUGUGUGUGUGUGUGUGUGUGUGUGUGUGUGCGUCAGAGAUCAGAGUUACAUCAUCAAGAAAACAAAUAAUCAAAACAAGGAACACAAUACGAUGAAUAAAUGAUGAUGACGUAACAAUGGUGGUGGUGAUAUACAAAAAAUUACAUUUACACACACACACACACACACACACACACACACACACACACACACACACACACACACACACACACACACACACACAACCUAACCUAACCGAACCCCAACAAGUCCCGGACAGAACCUGAAUCAAACACCAAGCAUUCCUUCAGGAGACGAAAGGAAAAUAGAGAGAGAAAAAAAAAAAAAAAACAAGAGGGAAUAAGGAAACCGGAUUCAAACCUGCAUGAUCCUACUUAACUGUAUGUUGGCAGAAUCAGUAGGUAAUUCUGUUGGUGUUGGUUGUCAGUGGUGUGUCCGUAGGUUUGUAUCAGUUCAGCGUGCGGUGUUGACUGAGAUGUCGCGCCGCCCCUGCAGUAUCUGUGUGGGUGUCUAGUGGGUGUGUAUAUUUGGGAGUUCUUAGGUCCUGUGCUUGCAGUGGGCACCCGCAGCAGUUUUGGCAGUACCUGUAGUUAAGGCUUAUUGGUGUCGUAGCGGUGUGUGUGUGUGUGUGUGUGUGUGUGUGUGUGUGUGUGUGUGUGUGUGUGUUUUGCUGCCUGCCUGCGUGUGUAUUUUUCAAGUAAUCUGUGUGUAAAGUACCUCCCUGCCUGUGUGUGUGUGUGUGUGUGUGUGUGUGUGUGUGUGUGAAUUAAAGAAGUCUUUUUGAGCUGGGAAAGUCACAAACCAGAGAGAAAGAGAGAGAUAGAGAGAGAGAGAGAGAGAGAGAGAGAGAGAGAGAGAGAGAGAGAGAGAGAGAGAGAGAGAGAGAGAGUCAGUAACCGAAGCAAAGAUUCUAAGUUGUUUCCCACUCCAAGAAAAAACAGGGAAAGCUUGCGGCUGUCACUGUCGCACUCACAGACAGCUAUUGCCUUUCUUCCCUCACUUUUCUUUCUCGUUACGUGACACUCACUCACACUGCCCGCGAUCUUCCUUCAUCAUCACACUCGCCCUUCACUCUCAUCACUCUCAUCCUUCCCCUUCACGCCUCUUAGCUGCCCGGCAUGGAAGGCGAGAGAGGAAACCAACAAUUUCUCCUCGGGUUACUUCCUGUAGAAGGAGAGCUUGGUGGGGCUCCGCGAGGUUUGGUUAUGGAGGAGAUAGGAGAGCGAGAACUUGGUAUAGGUGUGGAGGACCUGUUGAGUGAAGGUUGGCUGUGAGCACGGCGGGUGUUGAUGAGGUGGUGAGGAGGUGAAGGGAACGUGAAGUGGCCGAGGCGCCGCGGUGGUGAGUCAGACUGCUGGGGAGUGGUGGUGAGGCACGACGGGGCUUGGUGCUUCUGUGACUGCAAGGUGGAGAGGAUAGGGGAGUAGUGGGAGGCGAGGGAGGCGGGUGAGGCGGGCGCUGCCAGGCAUGCCCCGUCGCGGGUGCCUGACGGGCGUCGCCGCGGCGGGUCGCGGCCGCUCAGCGACUCUCGUCCCGACCACAGCGGUGCUGCUGUGGCGCGCCCUGACCCUGUCACCGGGAGGACUGCGGCGCGAGGGCACACACGCACACACAAGCACACGCACGCGCGCGUACGUACGCAUACACACACACACACACACACACACACACAUACACACACACACACACACACACACACACACACACACACACACACGUACACGUGUUGACGGGCGCCCUGGAGUGAGGAGCGCCCCUCGCUGAUUGACGCUCGCUUUGUUUCUGCUUCCUAGCGUUGACUUUGCUUUCCCGAGGCAAUAUUUGCAGUGCCGUAACCUUACCGGCCGGUGCCGCCGCUCACUUGUGGCCGGCGCGUGUCCGCCGUGCCCGCCAGGGGGCGUCGCGCCACCCGCCGCCGCCGCUGGCCGCCCCUCGGGCCCGCGCGGACCAGAAGUCGCUGGCACCGGCCGUCUCCUUCCCUGCAGAUUGGACAAGUCAUAUAUCAAGUUUGUAUUCCGGUAUUUGUAUCGCUAAGUAGCCUAAGGAGGAAUCCCUCAGCAACACAUAAUACAAAUAUUUCUUAGCUACGUAAUUCCAUUUAUUACCUACGUAUGUGUUUGACUAUAACAGUUAUUUCCUAGAAUUAGUGUAACCGUAGCAUGUAAUGAGUAAUGUACUAAUGUGUCACGCGCUGUGACGGAGGCCUCGUGUCCGGCCACACCGAGGCGUCACGGAGGUGAGGUGCAGCCCCCCGCCCCCCACCCGCAGCGCCCUGCCGCACGCCUGGGACACAAGGGGUCCAGCGCGUCCCCCCACGCCUGCCGUCGCCGCCGCGUGGUGGCGCGGGGUGGGGGCACGAGUGGGGCCGGGGGAGGGGUGCGAGGGUCCCCGGGGGAGCCGCUGCACCGCGAGAGUAAUACUGAGCCCUUUCAAGUGUGCCCGACACGGGCUGCUUACACCUCUGUAAGACUGUCUGUACAUAGCACGUGUAAUUAUAUAGAUAUGUUAAGUAUAGCGAUGUUUAGGAACAUAAUUAUAUAAUUACCGAAGAAGGCGGCGACAGCCUGCCUGUAGCGCGGCGAGACGCUCACCUUCUGCCAUUAUGCAAACCACGGAGCGCCGAGCCGCCCCCGCCGCCGAGACCCCGCCGCCCACCAGCCCGCCCGCCCCGCGCCCCGCAGGCUGCUGCCCCGCCCGCCACGCGCCUCACGGCCUGGCCUGCCGCCGCGGCGCCCGCCUGUAUGUAAGCCAUACGUCAGUAACCACCACACCUGUGAGUCACGCCACCUUCACUCACCUCACGAGCCAUCGCCGUGCUGGCCUGGCGCCGCCACCGCCCCACCACGCUGCUGCUGCUGCUGCUGCUGCCUGUGCUGUGCUGUGCUGUGCUGCUGCUACUUCCACUGCUGCUGAUGACACCACCACACCGUAACAUUGCUGCUGUCGCUGCUGUCAUUCCUUCCACAGGUUCAUAGUCUGACGCCCAGCAAUCUUUAAGUCUUCAGUGCCUUGGAUUAUCACCAACUCUGUCAUCAGUGAGUGUGUGUGUGUGUGUGUGUGUGUGUGUGUGUGUGCUGCCUUCGUAGCCCCCCUCGGGCGAGAGGGACGUCACCGUGACAGCUGAACGAAGCAGGUUGGGAUGAAGGGCCGCACAGAGGCGGUGCAGAACAAGGCCCACGUGACACGGGGGCCGGGCAGCAAGAGGUAACUGCUAACACACAGCAAGGGCGCCAGGUGAACACCCUGAGUGGCGCCCCGAUAAUGAAAGUGCGUGCAAAGCGAACCUGUGUGAGUGAGAACGAGUGAGGAAAUUUACCGAGUGAAUGUGGAUGUACUGAGAGGAAAUGAAUACGAGUGAGUGAGAGUAGGGAGAGUGGAAAGAAGGUCGGAUAUUUAGUGCAUGGUUGAGGAUGGCUGGAAUGAUGGGAGGAGGAGGAAGAGAAACGUGAUCAUUACAAGUGGUGUGUGUGUAUGUGUGUGUGUGUGUGUGUGUGUGUGUGUAGGGCAGUGUACGUAGCCAAACUCUUAGUACUUGUAAAAGUAUAUUAGUGGCUGUAAGCAUUCUCUCUCUCUCUCUCUCUCUCUCUCUCUCUCUCUCUCUCUCUCUCUCUCUCUCUCUCUCUCUCUCUCUCUCUCUCUCUCUCUCUCUC